CCCUUGCAUCUAUUACGCGCUUAGUAUUCUACUGACUCGACUCGUUGGACGACUAUAGUUGUUAACAGAUUUUCUUCUUGAUUUCUGUCGAACGCCAACGAAAUUCGAUUACUGUAUAGUGAUAGUGCUAUUAAGCGUAAUUUGUGACCUCGGGAAUAGUUUUUCCUAUCAUUUGCUUUUUUUUUCAAAUUUGGAAAAAAGUCAAAAUCUCUAUAUGAUUAUAUAAUUAUACAAUUAUAUUUCCCCUUUCUUGGAAAGAGAUUCUACUUCUGAAAUCACAAUUUUCUUGUGUAAUGGAAACAGACUACUAAUUUCAAGAUUAUUUUAUUGUGAAUAAUUUGCGCACAAUGAAUAUGAUUUUCAACUGGCGAUUGAAUUUCCAUCAGUGUUUGCAAAUACAGUUUUACAUUUAGGACUAUUAAAAUCGUUAGAAACUUCCGACAAAGUUCCGACAAAGAUUUAUUGAUAUGGAUUGAAAAAAUUUAGAAAAAUACAGAGAGUAUAUAGAUGUAUAUAAUGUUUCAGGAAGAAGGUUAAUGUUAGUUGAGGAACGUGUGAUUUAUUAACCAAUUAUGGAAACUUAUGCAAGAGGUGGAUUUUAUAGAGCAUAUUGUCCUCAAUACUAUGGCACACCACCGCAGUAUGCAGAUUUGUGUUAUCCACCAACAUAUUCUCAUCCACAUACUCAUCCACCGCCUUAUUAUAAAUAUGCGCCAACGUACAGGAGGUACUUUUUCAGGCAGUAUUAUGGAUAUCAGGAAUCUGGUGGAGGUGGCGGUCCUGGUAGUGGUGGUUCUGCAGGAGGUCCAGCAGUUGUUGAUUAUCAACCACCUCUACCACCGCCUGGUGAAUAUCCUCUGCCACCAUAUUAUGGAGCAUAUCCUCCACCUCCGCCACCACCUCCUCCACCACCCAAUCCGGCAUACUUGCAUUCUCAGGGAAGACCUUUUGUAGAUCAUGCAGCCUUCCAAGGUUGCCCAUGCCCGAUGCAGUCUUGUCCAAAAAACGUGGAUACUGGGCCCCUUAUUGGUAAUGGUAAGGGAGCGCCAGUGGUAUCGGGGCCCGGUCUGUCAUUGCCGCCCAGUGCUUUGGUAGGUCCGCCCUCGCCGGCGAGGGGGCUAGCCGGGCUAGCGCCGCCUCACGGUGCCAAUGCCUGGGAUACGGAUCGCGUCCAACUUAACACUCAUCGCAACCUGAAUCAGAACCAACCAUCGGUCCCUUCGUCUCACAAUCUAGUCGGUGCACAUAAUCGCCCGCAAAAUUCGGAUUGUAAGAAUAAGGAUGAAAAAGAUUGUUCAGAAGAUAAAUUACAAAAAUGUGGAUGUCAGAAACAUGCAUGUACAUCAACCUGUGAAGUGAAAUUAGAAACACUUUCACCGUCUGAAAAAUUAGCAGCAACGAUGUGCCCAAGUAAUAAAUUUCACAAUUUUAAGUUGGAAAAUAAUAAUGUGAAAUGUGAAUCUUGUAGUGUAGAAAUGGGCGAUAAUUUGUCCUGUGUUGCAAAUUGUAAUGUUAAGUGUGAAUCAGAUUACAAGUGCGAUAUUAUGAAAUGUGAACAAUGUAUGAAGGAAGGUCAAAUGGCUAUUUUGGAAAUUGAUAAAGAUUCUGGAAUAUUACUCGAUGAUAAAUUGGAUGUCGAUCCAGAUGUUAAGGAGGAAUUAAGCGAUGUUGUUACAGUUGAUAGUGAAAAUUGGAAAAAACCUGAUUAUGAGCCAACUGUGCAAGAAACUAUUGAAGAAACUGUGGAUAAAGAAAGUGUAGAAAAAUCUGAUACGAAUGAACAAUUAAAAUGUCAGAAAGUAUCCAAGAGAAAAUUAUCUUUAGAUAGCUUAUCUGAUAGUAGAAAAAAGAGGAAAGUAAGUAAAAGAACUCUUUCUGUUGGUUCUUCACAAGAUUUUAGUAACAGUGAUUUUUCAACUAAAAUUUCUAUACCAAUUUUAUCACUUGUAAAGAACAUUGAUAACAACAGUGAUGAAAUUUCAAAGAAAAAACAACCUAAAAAGGAUAAUCAAAAUCAAAAACGUAAAAUAGAGAAUUCAAAUUGUUCCGAAAAUGUAAUGAAGAAGUCAAAAACUUCUAAACAAAGUACAAGUAACAAUAUUCCAAACUGCUUAAAGCAUGCUGCCAGUGAUAAUUCCAUUAUGGAAACUAUUAAUAAUGUUAUUCAACAGAGUUUACAAAUGACACAAAGAAGAGAUCGUAAGAAUAAAAGUGCUGAAAAAUUAGAAAAAAAGAAAGACGUAAAUUUGUUGUCAGCAGUGAAAAAAGUAGUUAAAAAAGUUGAUUUGGUGAAAGAAUUGACAUCAGAAAAAUUAUCAAAAGUAAUUACCAAAAAUAAAAGUAAAACGGAAAUACGAACAAAAUCAAGAAUACACGAGAAAAAUAAAUGUAAAGGGAAAGGGAAAUCUAAGAUAUGCGAAGUAAAAACAAAAGAUAAUGGGAAGAAAACUGAGAGUACAAUAAAGUCUAAAGCGUAUGAUAUUCAGGAAUCUACUAAGAAGUCAGCAUUGAUAAAAAAGAAGCGAAAAAGUACAAAAAAACUGCCUGUCAAAAAAUCUAACUCUAAAGUUGAAGAUUGCGUGGUAGGAAGUGAAAGCCUAAUGUUAACCAGAAAAACAUUUUUAAAGCCCAAAUGGAGUAAUGGUUGGAGUUGGGAAGGUGAUUCAUUUGAAGCCAAAGUUUAUUUAACGAACGAAGAAUCAGCUAUACGUCGAUGUUAUGCGAGCAUGAAACAUGAAAGUGGUGAUGUUUUAAGACCUCGUGAUUGUGUUUUACUAAAAAGUGGCCCACGAAAAGCAGAUUUACCAUUCGUAGCAAAAAUUGCUGCUUUAUGGGAAAAUCCAGACGAUGGUGAAAUGAUGUUUUCUUUGCUAUGGUAUUAUAGACCUGAACAUACCGAGCAAGGUAGAACUCAAUAUGACACCGAAGACGAAGUCUUCGCUUCACGGCAUCGGGAUGCAAAUAGUGUUGCUUGUAUAGAAGAUAAAUGUUAUAUUUUGACAUUCAAUGAGUAUUGUCGGUAUCGUAAAAAUUUACGAAGAAUCGAGGAAGGAUUAGAAAGCCCCGGUUUAAUAGUUCCACCGGGAGAUCAACUAUAUCCAAGAGAAAAUCGGCAGCCUCCGAUACCAGUACCAUCGGAUAUGGUUCUCUUUUGUCGACGCGUUUAUGAUUAUCGCGGCAAAAAACUUGUUAAGAAUCCUGGAUGACUCGAUUUUUUAUAAAGCGCUUUGAACUGGAACCAAUGGAAUGCACAAAGUUUGCUGCAUAAAUUGAAACUGGACGUAGGUCUCCCUUCAAGUGUAACAUAUUGAUCAAGUUAUUUUUAUUUUAAGGAUCAAUAAUUUUCAUUAACAUUUUUAGUAAUUUUUGAAGCUUUAUACAUAUAUAGACGAUUUAUAGAUUAUAGAUUUG